AUGGGCUGUGGGCAGCUCCGGAUGUCUGGCCGCAUCGUGGGUGGGAGGGAUGCCCGGGAGGGGGAGUGGCCGUGGCAAGCCAGCCUGCAGUACCAUCGGUCCCACACGUGUGGGGCCUCACUCAUCUCUCGACAGUGGGUGUUGACCGCAGCUCACUGCUUCCCAAGACCCGUGAGGCUGUCGGACUACCGAGUACGCCUGGGGGAGUUCCGCCUGGCCCGGCCCUCGCCUCAAGCUCUCUCCCUGCAGCUCCUGCGGGUCGUGCUCAACGCCAACUUCACCGAAGACGGGGCCCAGGGCGACAUCGCGCUGGUCCAGCUCCGCCGCCCAGUCCCAUUCAGUGCCCGUAUCCGGCCGGUCUGCCUGCCUGGACCCGGAGCCCUGCCACCCCCGGGCACCCCGUGCUGGGUCACGGGCUGGGGCAGCCUCCAGCCCGGAGCGCCACUGCCUGGCUCCCGGCCCCUGCAGGGCGUCCAGGUUCCGCUGAUAGACAGACGGGUCUGUGACCGGCUCUACCACGUGGACUCCGACAUCCCACUCACCGAGCCCAUAGUCUUGCCUGGCACUCUAUGUGCAGGCUAUGCCAGAGGCAGCAAGGAUGCCUGCCAGGGAGAUUCCGGAGGCCCCUUGGUGUGCAUCCAGUCUGGUCGAUGGGUCCUUGAAGGUGUGGUGAGUUGGGGCAAGGGAUGUGCUUUGCCCAACCGCCCAGGUGUCUACACAAGUGUGGCCCACUACUGGCCUUGGAUUCAGGCCCACAUAAGCACCCCCACCCUGCACUCCCCCCCACCAAGAAUCCAGUCAUCCCCAAUCCCACCACCUCUUGCCAUUAUUCCUUCCUGGUUUCUAAAAAUGGCCAACUCAGCUCAGCCCUGGGGACAAAAGGACAGCAGCUGUGGAACCCUGGCAUUCUGCCCACUGCCCCAAGGCCCAGUAAGGGAAAUGGAACAACUGGGGACUGCCUGGCUCUUGCUGUCGCUGCCACUGCUGCCGCCUAUGACAAAAGGUGAAGAAGGUCAUUGGAUAAGUUCAGGCUGUGGUCAGCAAAUCCUGAAGAACCAGGUGAAUGAGCGAAUCGUUGGAGGCAAAAAUGCCCAUGAAGGGGCGUGGCCAUGGCAGGCCAGUCUGAGGCAGAACAAGGCCCACAUCUGUGGGGCCACUCUCAUUUCCCAUAGCUGGGUUCUGACAGCAGCCCAUUGCUUUCAACAGCCUUUCCAGGUGUCCCAGUUCCAGGUAGUCCUCGGGGAACUGCAGCUCUUUUCCAACCCAGGCCAGUCCAUCUCAAGCCCAGUGAGCCAAGUGAUCCUGCACCCAGACUACUCCGGAGGAGAUGGGUCAACAGGGGACAUCGCCCUCUUGAAGCUGGCCCAGCCUUUUGACUUCUCUCCCUGGAUUCUGCCUGCCUGUCUCCCUGGGGCCUACAACCCCUUUCAUACUAAUGUGACCUGUGUCGUGACAGGAUGGGGGAACCUAAAGGAGGGAGUCCAGCUGUCCUCACCAUACCCCCUGCAGGAAGCAAAGCUGCCACUGAUCGAAGCCAAGGAAUGUGACAAGAUCCUGAGCCACAGUCAGCAGAUCACUGAUAAAAUGGUCUGUGCUGGCUACCUCAAUGGGGGUGUGGAUGCCUGUCAGGGCGAUUCUGGGGGUCCCUUGGUAUGUCCCGAUCUGGGCUCCUGGUUCCUGGUGGGAAUCGUAAGCUGGGGCAUCGGCUGUGCCCGACCCGGAAAACCAGGUGUCUACACUCUCGUGUCUGCCUACGGGGACUGGAUGCAGAGCCACGCCUCGGAGGUGCAGCGGGGCUCCUAUGACAUCCAAGUGUGGAAUGCUGCGGUGGCACGGCCUCCCGGUCCGCACAUCUCCAGCCUCCUGCUGGUCCUGUGGGGCCUCACCAACAGCGGCUGCUUCCCUUCCAUUUAACCCUGUUCCCUCUCCCCGCCCGCCACCCCGCGUCCAGACACAGCCAAACCCUCUUUUCCCAGUGCCUUCCCUUUCCAAAAGGCCCUUCCUGGGUCCUCCUCCUGGCCAGCGCAUCUCCCACCCCAGAGCCGGGUCGGGAUGGAGCUGGCACGCCAGCAUUUAACCCUCCGUCUCUCUCCGAGAUCGAUGCCAGGAGAAAGGUUACAGUAAGGCGGAACAAGUGCCACCGGCCGUCGCAGCCAAGCAAGGGGGCAGAGGGGACGUAGGCGCCGAGCUGCCAGCCAGAAGAGCCCGGUGGGAAUUCCCGCUUUGCCACCGACUCGUGGGGCAAAGCACCUCCUCUCCUGGGCUUCAUUUUCCCUUCUGUAAAUUCCGAGGCACGCCCAUCUCCAGUAAGUUAGGAGCCGGCCAGGGGUCAAACUGAGGCCUCGCUCAGCGAACGCAAAGCGAAAAGUAAACAGUGAAAGCCUCUA